UCAAGGAUUCUAGCCAUAUAAUCUCUUGUAUCCAUGAUGUGUUCGCAGAAUGUGUUUUGUAAGUUCCCCGUACACACCUGUCAUUGUCUACAAUCUGGUGGUUGAUUAUUGGCAACUGUCACGGUUAAUGAAAUAGAAUGUGCGUCUCUCUUAUUAACCAAAUGUCAAUUUAUUACCUCCUGGUUCUGAUUUUCCUUUCCUGCAGAAGGCCGGCACAAAUGUACUUCACAUUGUCCGUAUCCUUCAGCCUUUGGUUGCGAAGGGAUCAUCGUUUGCUGCUGCAAACGGAAUCCUUCAUACUGGUAUUGCUACUAUUAUCGUCCUUGAGUACUCUGCCUUUUUGCCGAUCAAUGGCGGGAACGAGCGGGAGAGCAUCAAGUCUGCCGUGGACUAUUACUUGAAAUCUCCGACGGCAGUCGCUGUGGAGAAAGGAGCGAAAGAGAUUUCUCGUCAAGGCUAUCGGGGAGAGGAACUAGAGAAGAAUAUUUUCGAGUUC